AUGGCGGACGACCUCAAGCAAAAAUUAGUGGCAGGGAUGACGUCAUGCCCAAAGUAUAUUCCUACCUGGUAUAAUUACGAUGACGUCGGAUCGAGACUACAGCGGGACAGUUGCGAGACAAACCGGGAUUAUUAUUUCACGAAAAGUCAGAUAUCGUUCCUAAAGCAAAAUGCAAAGGAUAUAAUUCCGGAAGUAUCCGGCGACCUUACCUUGGUGGACCUAGGAAGCGGAGAUUGCUCCAAAACGCGGUUUGUUAUAGACGAGCUCCUGAAAAGACAGAAAACGCUUACAUUUUACCCAGUGGAUAUUUCUGGAGAGUUUCUGUUGAAGUCGACGAAAGAAUUGUCAGAGGAAUAUGACGACUCCCUUGUUGUUCGACCUUUAGCUGCCGAUUACGCGCAAGGAAUAGAUCAACUUAGACAGAUUAGCGGUGCUAAAAUGAUUCUUUGGAUUGGCAGUAUGAUCAGCCUACCAUAUGAUGACCAGAUCAACACACUCAGAAUGAUCUCAACUAUGAUGACAGAUAAAUGUCGACUGGUUUUUGUCGUGGACAUCACACAGGACAGUGAAUCUAUUAUCAAGGCCUACAAUGAUGAUGCAGGUCUUAAAAGAAGAUUCUAUCAAUAUGCUAUUACAAGGAUGAACAAGGAGGAAGGUAGUAAGAUCGAUCUUGACAAGUUCAUGUACAAGCUAGAUUUUGUACGUAACACAAGUCCCGAGUACAUGAGCUACGUCAGGUCUUACAUGGAGGCUAGAGAGGACAUCCGUUACACUAUACCUGGUCUAGGUACCGACUUGGUGAUGGAAAAGGGAGAACAACUAUAUUUCCACGAAGGUGCUGGACUUAGCUGUAAAUAUACCCUGGGACAAUUACAAACCAUUGUGCAGAAAGCUGGACUCCGCUUGGUGGAUACUCGAGUGGACGAAAGGAAACACGCUGCUUUCUGUCAGUGUGUGACUACGUAA